AUGGAAUCGAAAUCCGAAUUAAUUACACUUCCAAAUGGAAAAACUGUUAAAGUUGAAAAGGGUCUUUUUAUCAACAAUGCUUUUGUCGAAUCCGUGGAUAAAAAAUGUUUCGAAACCAUCAACCCAUCAACUGGAAAAGUGAUUACAACUGUAUCAGAAGCUUCUUCGAAAGAUGUUGAUUUGGCAGUCGAAGCAGCCACAAAUGCCUUUUAUAAUGUUUGGAGAUUUGUUGAUGGGAAAGAACGUGGUAGAUUGUUAAACAAACUUGCAGAUUUGAUAGAACGAGACACGGAAGAAUUAGCGGCUUUGGAGACACUUGAUAAUGGACAAACUCUUUCUACUGCUAAAUUUAUUGACAUUGGACAUUCAAUUGAUUGUUAUAGAUAUUUUGCCGGUAACUUGAAAAAUGUAACACUCGAAUUAGGUGGAAAAUCACCAAACAUAAUUUUCGCAGAUGCAGACCUUGAUGAAGCUGUUCAAUGGGCUCAUAUGGGAAUAUUUUUCAAUCACGGACAAUGUUGUAGCGCUGGAUCUCGUGUUUAUGUUCAAGAUAAUAUUUAUGAUGAAUUUUUAACGAAAUUUAAAGCUACGACUGAGUCUAAUAAAGUUGGGGACCCCUUCGAAGCGGAUACUUAUCAAGGACCACAGGUUUCUAAGGCACAAUUUGAUAGGUACAGUAUAAGUGCUAGAGACGUGUCAUUGCGUGAGAUAGUGAUGUCAUCUUCGCGCAAUUAA